GACGCAGAGUAGCAGCUGAGGAGUGAAGGCGACUGUCAGCACAUUCUUUCUCCAGUGACUGAACUGUGUGGAGCUGCAGCGAUCAGUUUUAUCACGCUCAACAGCAGAUACACCAAUUCUCACGAUAAGGUAGAGAUCAUCAAGGUCCAACAAUGGGAGAUCCAACUGCCAGUGAUGCACAGAGAGCCGGCUUCGUCCUGGCUGACUAUGCGGUCUUCGGUUGCAUGUUGCUGGUCUCCAUGUCGAUAGGACUUUUCCAGGCCCUGAGGAAGAAGCCGAAGGGCGGCAAUUUUGAGGAGUUCUUCACCGGUGGCCGCAACAUGCCAGCUGUGCCUGUUGGGCUGUCUCUCUGUGCCAGUUUUAUGUCAGCGGUCCAGGUUCUGGGUGUUCCCGCUGAAGGCUUUCGCUACGGGUACAAAUUCCUCUACAUGUGCCUCGGACAAAGCAUCAACUCACUGCUGACAGCUUACUUCUUCAUGCCAGUUUUCUUUCGACUGGGCAUCACCAGCACCAAUCAGUAUCUGAAGAUGAGGUUUGGCCGAGGGAUGCAGCUGCUUGGAAGUGUCCAGUUCAUCGUUGCGACGCUUCUUUACACAGGGAUUGUCAUCUAUGCACCAGCACUGAUCCUGAACCAAGCUACUGGACUCAAUAUGUGGGCGUCUCUGUUUUCUACUGGGUUAAUCUGCACCAUUUACACCACAGUGGGCGGCAUGAAGGCUGUGAUCUGGACAGACGUGUUCCAGAUAAUUGUCAUGUUGUCGGGCUUCGUGGCCAUCUUCAUCCACGGCACAAUCCUGGUCGGUGGUCCUGCACAGGUCCUGGAGAUCGCAUACAAUGGAUCACGGAUCAAUUUUAAUGAUUUUGACACCGACCCACAGAGGCGUUACACCUUCUGGACCCUCUCUGUUGGGGGUGUAAUGGUUUGGCUGUCCAUGUAUGGAGUUAACCAAGCACAAGUCCAGCGCUACAUCUCCUGCCGAACAGAGAAAGACGCCAAGUGGGCACUGUUUGUGAACCAAGUGGGCCUUUGCCUCAUUGUGUCCAGCGCAGCUACCUGCGGCAUCGUCAUGUUUGCUUACUACAACGGCUGCGACCCGCUGAAGUCUGGGAUGAUUUCUGCCCCUGAUCUGUAUAUGCCCUACUUUGUGCUGGAUAUCUUCAAAGAUUACCCAGGAUUCCCAGGCCUCUUCCUUGCUUGCGCGUACAGUGGGACUCUGAGCACGGCCUCUACAAGUAUCAAUGCCAUGGCUGCAGUGACGAUGGAGGAUCUGCUGAAACCCCACCUGCUCCACAUGACCCAGAAGAGGCUGGUCAUCAUGUCCAAAGGACUCUCAUUCCUGUAUGGAAUUAGCUGCAUCACCGUAGCUGCUCUGUCCUCCUUCCUGGACUGGGGAGUUCUUCAGGGAUCGUUCACUGUCAUGGGUGUGGUCAGCGGUCCAUUACUGGGCGUCUUUAUUUUGGGCAUGUUUUUCCCAGGAACAAACAGACUGGGGGCGUACUUAGGGAUAGUAGCGGGAUUCUGUGCCUCUCUGUGGCUGGCUGUUGGUUCAACUCUUUAUCCACCCACUGAGAAGACCAUGGGCGUCCUUCCCAGCUUCACAGACGGCUGUGCACUCAGAAACAUCACCGUGAACAACAUCCCUGACCCUGAGGAACAGUACAUCCUCACCCCGCUUCACCCUGAGAACAACGGGGGCCUGCUUGGCUUCUACUCCAUGUCCUACCUCUACUUCGGAGCCGUGGCGACUAGCUCAGUCGUCCUGGUCGGGGUGAUCGUGAGUUACGCAACAGGCCCAACAAAGAGGAAUCAGAUUAAACCAGGUUUGCUGUGGUGGGACCUGCAUGGAAAGACAGCGGACGACAUGUCAGGACUGAGAACGGUCCCCAUGUCCAGUAUGUUUCCCUGUGUUAUGCGCCGCUCGAGCUGGGAUAAAGAGCAGCCGGCUGCGAGAAUGACCGAGAUUACUCAGGUGGAGCAGCAGGCAGAUAAAUCACAGAUUGUACCUUUGAUACAAGUGCACACAGAUGACGCAAACGCCUAAGAAGAAUGGAGCAUCAGAUCACGCGUCAGAGUUUAGGAGUUUAAAACGUAUUAUGCCGUGACCAGCGCACAUCGCGGUGUCAACUUUUGUACGUCUUUUUUUCCUCUUCUGUUUUGUCUUUGUAUAUCUGACCGUAGUGUAAGUCUCCGCCACAUUAGGAGUUGCAUUUGCGCCUUCAUGACUUUGCCAAGAAGCAUUAAGACUCUAAUCAAGUUCCUUCAGGUGUGAUGAAAGGCUUUUUAUCUGGAGAUUCCCUCUGGUAGGUUCCCUAGCUGUAGCGACGCACACCUGCACUUCGACCGGCGUUAUCCGAGUCUGGUGUGUGUACACACACGUGUACAUGUGUGUGUGCGUGUGUGCACAUUUACUGUAAUCUGACCCCUGUUUCCUCUUCAUGAGCUGCGUAACAGACCGACCCUUUACAUGUGUUGUUUUACUGCAAUGAACCGAAAUGUUCCUAUUAAAGGGACUUCUCUUGUGGAACAAUGAAAGAACAAUUGUUUUCCACUGAACUGUGAGGUGCAGAACAUGCGGUGAAACUGACAAAUACAUUUUAAAACCACAACACACGGGGCUGAAACUGGUUCCCAGGAGCCUUGCUCGGCAAGUGUGUGCACAGCUGUUAUCAAAUAUAAUCCAACACAAACAGUACUAUCACUUCAGAAGCCAGGAAUUAACACGGAAGCAUCUUGAUAAACAAGAUAAUAAAAAUCAUGUUGUUCGGUCUGACACUGAAUAAUUGAUUGGUUUUUAUAAUGAGAAAUGACUCAAUGAACAACUGGCAUACUGAGGUGCUAUUCAAGAUAAGUUAUGACACGUAAGCUGACAAAAGAGCAAUCGGUUAAAGUGCAGUUAAAUUUUCUUGUCCUGCGCGCCCCCUUUACAGCUUCAACUUCAUAGAAGUUCAAAUGAACCGUCAGUCACGUCUCUUCUAACCCUCUGCCUAGUCGGGUUAGGGUCUUCUGACAAAAGCCUUAUAUGCGCUUGUCAAUACGCUCUUAAAGCUCAGUAGUUGGUGGGUGAACGCCGUCUAUAAACGAGGUCAAGUUCACCUUGUUUAAAAGAAAACUACACAAGAAAAACCGCCGUCUGGUGGUAUUCACAUCCUUGUUGAGUGGAAAUGUUCAGUAAGGUCAGAGCUCACAGGCUGUGACGUGCUUGCUGACAUUUCCCAAAAUAUUGGAAGUGGGUGGUAUGUUGACGUACUACAAUUUAGUCCUGUUUCAUUUUUUAUAAUACUACAUCUGUGGAAAAUACAUCUUUUUAUAACACUUUUAUAUUUCCUUCAUUUUGUUACUCUGUCUUCAGCAUAUUUUGCCUCGGUGGCUCCUUGACACACGACUUAUCAUAACCAUGGGCUGACAAGUUUCAUUUGAAGGCAGCAUACCUGACCAGUGACUAUCGUGGUAUUCAGAAGCAACUGCCAAAGUGUCACAUUGUUGGUGGAGUAAUGCUGCCUUCAAGUGGAGUUGUUUACCAUAAAACCCUCUCUUGUGGUCCCGGAUUUGGUUGCACCACUUAAAUUUUCAGUUACAUUUGAGUCCACAAAUAUGGUGGAAGUGGACAGUAAGUUUUAUUUGUAUAGUCACGUCAGGAGUAAAAUGUAUAUAUUUUCUGCAGCCUCAUCAUUUCAUAAUGUCUUUGCAUUUCCAACAUCAGGUUGCAUGCUUGUUAGCUUUCCUGCUGCCGACAUUUUCCUUUCAGUGGUGUUUUCACAAUACUCAGCUGGUGUCACCGCCACUUCCUGUUUUAUAACCACAAGUUCACAAUCAACAUUUGAAAGCAGCACUAUGGCUGAAAAAUUAUGUUUGUGAUGCCGUUACACUGUGUAUUUUUAUUUACCAUUAUAUCCCACUUUUGCUUUUUUGAUGUCUUUUCUGUACUACUUUCUGUAAGUAGGUUUUAUAGUACAUGCUCAACACACAUUUCUAAAUAAAAAUAUAUUCAGCAUUUGAA